AAUGGUAAAAAUUACUAAAGGCGAGUUUAAGUCAACUACAUCAAAGUCAAAAUCUAUUGGAAAUAGACAGGAUUUUAAAAAUGACAGAAAUAUGCGUGAAAUUAACAAGAAGAGAGGAACUAAUAUUGCAGGAGCUUCAAAAUCGGUAGUGAUAGAAACACAUCCAAAAUUUCCAGACAUUUAUAUUGGAAGAGGUAAAGAAGAUGUAUUAUUAACAUUAAAUAUGAUUCCAGGAACCAGUGUAUACAAUGAAAAGAGAUUAACGGUAGAAAAAAAUGGUGAAAAAACAGAAUAUCGAUUUUGGAACUGUUUCAGAAGUAAAUUAGCAGCUGGCAUUGUAUGUGGCUUGGAAUUCAUGAGCAUCAAAUCAGGAACUACACCUCUUGUGUUGAUUCCUCGAUACCAGCAGAACAAGCAUGAUUUUAAACCAAAAGAACAAGUAACAUUGGAACCUUACGAAAAAAACCAUGCCAUGAUUGUAGGCAUUUAUAAGCCAACAAACAAAACUACUGAA